AUGACGUUCAAAAUCAUCGACGUCAGCGGGUCACUCAUCAUCGGAACCCCCAGCUGCCCCAUCCAGUCCGCCCUGGUGUUCACCGUGCCGGGCGGGGACGCGACGUUUGGCAUCAACGCGCUGCCCGGCUCCAAGGUCGACAUCCACGGCACCUUCAUCGGCCGCACCUGGACGCGGCUCGCGUCCACCGCGGCCGCCGGCGCCAAGGCGCUGCUGCUGAAGGAGCCGGUGCAGUGGGCGGCGGGCGACAAGCUGUUUGUGGCCACCACUCUGUGGAAGGACGAGCUGCUGAACCAGAACGAGGUGAUGACUGUCGCGAGCGUCACCCCGGACGGCCUCACCGUGAAUACCGUCGAGGCGCUGCAGUUCAACCACUACGGCGGCGAGUACCAAGCGGAGGUCGGCCUGCUGACUAGGCGCAUCCUCUUCACCAGCGACGCCGCCAGCAGCACCACCGCCCUGGGGCCCCAUACCACAUUUUGGACGCCCGACGCGCGCGUCAGCGGCGCAGGUUAUGAGCGGUGGGGCGCGCGCAACAUCGCCGGGCGCUACAGCGUGCACUUCCACCUGGCGGGGGAGGCCCCCAACGCGUACAUCAAGAACAACGCCUUUUACAACUCAAACUGUCUCCAGGGCCGGUGUGGCGGCGCCGGCGGUCCCGCGGGCGGAGCGAGCCUUACGUCCGCGGGGGGGUCGCUUGUUGACGGUCGCUUCGAAGUCCGCUUCAUUUGCCCUGCAUUCUGA